AGACUCCUUCGAUUUCAAGUGCACUCACAAAGUUGAUCGAAAAACAUGGCGGACAUAAACAUAGUGGGUGUGGUUGCGAUCGUUGUUUUUUAUCUUCUUAUUCUUGUUGUCGGCUUAUGGGCAGCUCGUCGGCGCAAAGAAGGCGAGGAGGAAGCCAUGUUGGCAGGAAGAAGUAUCGGGUUGUUCGUUGGUACCUUUACCAUGACAGGUAAUUUACAUGUUUCUGAUCCAGGAAGAAAGAAUUAAGCGUAUAGAAGGCCGGUAAAUUGAUUAUAUCUUGCGGAUAGUCCACUUUCUUUAUAAGUUGUACCCUGCGAGCAAAGGUUUCUGAGCGGUUUCUCUCUUGCAUGGCUUUUAGCAGGGGCACCCGACGACAAUUUUUGGAAAAUAUCUGUUCGGAAGACGAUUUGAGAUCUAGACUUUUCGGAACAUUUGUUGCUAAAUUUCUUGCUUGCAUGCCUCUCCUAGGAUUUUCGAACCUCCCAAACAUGGUAUAAUUGCCCAUUUUUAACGGAUUUUUACCGUAAAAAGGUCACCUAGAAUUUUCGGAAGCCUUUUUUCUGGCUGAAAUUUUCGAAAAGGUAAGUUUUGAUCCCUAUAAUUUUCGGAUCACUAGACCAUGUAGACCUUCAGCAAGGAAAUCCGAACAGAUGAAAAAUUUUUAGGGGAUAAAAAUAAGCCCAUAUCUACCGUUUAAAUACUAAAAUACGUUCAACAAUGCUAUUUUUAAGUGGUUUUUAACUAUAUUCUCGUUGGGUGCCCCUGUUUUAGCAUUUGUGAAGUCGUUCGCUUAGCUUGUCAUCGAAAUACGCGAUAGACAAGCUACGCGAACAACUUCGCAAAUGCUAAAAGCCUUGCAAGAGAGUAACAUCUGCUCGCAUGGUGUUCAAGUUGAGGUUUCCUGGAAGUUUAAAACGGUUGAGACUUUCUCCCUUGCUGGACCUUUAAGUCUUACCCUGGCCUUAGAGGUCCGUUCUCGACUGAAGUGCUUAGGAUUAAAUAAACUGUGCUCACGGCGGUUUGAUAAAGCUCUGGAGACGCUUCACCGCAAACUAUCAAGAGUAAGAUGAGAAAAAAAAAAAUCUCGUACUGACACCCAGGUAAGGUAAGUCUAUUGUCCUCGCUGAAAAUGAAUGAUUUUCAUUUUGCUGUUAUACCAUGCAUCGACGAACUUUGACUCAUUGUUGUAUUUUGAAGAGUUUAACAUGUAUUUUAUUUUCGAUUGACAGCUGCUUCAGCUUCCUCGCUCCUUAAACACACGCCAUUUAUCAAUAUCUUAACCUCAAAAUAUUAAACGUACUUUAUGAAGUAAAAAGGUGUUAAAAGAGCCUGAGUACACUUGGAAAAUGCCCCAUAUUUAAUGUUCGUCAAAGGGAACAUUCCGAAAUGAAGUAUUUGCGUUAGCAUUGUUUGCUUUAACGUGAUUUACAUAUCAGGGUCUAAUGUGAUUUUUCAGUUGCUACGGGUUCACAUUGCUACUCUGUGUUUAUGUUAUUGGUUUUUUUUUCCAUAGCGACAUGGGUUGGUGGAGGUUACAUAAACGGCACAGCAGAAGUCGUCUAUGAUACUGCGCAGGGUCUGGUCUGGGCGCAGGCUCCGUGGGGUUAUGCGCUGAGUCUUUUAAUAGGUGAGUACUAUGCGUAAGUAGUAGCCAGAACCUACAACAGGAAAAAAAAGAGCAACCUCCUUCCUAGGGCUCUUUCUCUUCUCCCGUUGAAGCCAGAGAGAACCCUGGGAACGAGGAUGAGGAAACAGCCGAUAUUUGGCAAAGCCACCACUGGUUUCCCCGCGAAAUGACGUCUGAGGAGGAUUAACGGGCGAAGAAAUUCCAUACUGAUGACAUGUCACUAACUACAUCUGGGUAGUGCCCCUGAUUGGUCUUACCGCGAAGGGAAUUUUCUUCAUCAAAGCAGAAGCACUACCCAGAUUUGGGUAGUGACACGUCAUCAGUAUGAAAUUUCUGUGCUCAUUUCUUAGACGAUAUUUCGCGGGGAAACUAGUGGUGGCUUCACGAAAUAUUGGCAGUUUUCUCAGGCUAGUCUUAACCCUACAAACCUCCUUUCAAAUGGCUUACCCCAAAGCGUUAUUUCAAGAACACCUUAUCAAUAGGGAGCUUAAGCAAACACGUUUUUGAGGGACGCACGUCAACCGGAAGUGAGCCUUUCUCCCUUUUUAUAUGCCUUGACGCUAACAAAUUUGUAUUGCUAAGUUUCUUUUCUCUUAUAAAGAGGAUUUAUCCGAGAGUUUCAAACAAACCACUGCCCAAUGACGCAAAAGGUCCACUUCCGGUUGACGUCCGUCGCUCAACAACGCUGUUGCUUAAGUUGCCUAUUGCCGGAUCCAGAUCUUGAGAUAAGGGAGGGGUCUAGUCAUCCAGGCCCUUAGAUAAGAGGGGAGGGGGGGGACGGUCUCCCAAAAAAUGUUUUACGGGAGAUCCAUAUAUCGCUCUUUCAAAUCCAAACAUCGUUGUCAGACUCCUAGUUCACUGUUAUUGUGUUGCCAUCGUUAGUCUAUCCUUACAUUAAACUGCGCAUUAAACAAGAUGAAAUACGUGAACCCUUGCUAAUUGAGCAAGAAACUGAAUGAAUUGAUAAAUGAUUUUGCUCCUUUUUGCUACUGAAUUCCUAGUAUUUUGGAGUAAUUCUCAUAGGGGAUGUCCAUUAGACAGCGGGCGUUUAUUAGGGAGGGGCUUCUAAUACAAUUUUAACAGCGUAGCGGGAGCGUUUAUUAGAUAAGAGUUGUUUAUUUGGAAGUGGGCGUUUGUAAGUAAGCGUAAAGUGAGCCUUGUGGAAAAAUGAUUUGUGCUUCGUUGUAUAUAGUAUCAGUGAAUUUAGUCUUGUACUUACAAAAUUGUCUCACAAACCUUCACAAACAUAUUUGUCAAUGGAAAGAAAGAAUGGAUGAAAGAACGGGAUUUCACCUUCUUUGGGCUUUUGUAUGAUUUUCAGGUGGACUUGCCUUUGCCAAGAUCAUGCGCAAAAAAGAGUACUUCACAAUGCUAGAUCCAUUCCAAGAGAAGUACGGACUGCGCAUGGGCGGUCUUUUGUACAUACCUGCAUUACUAGGAGAGAUAUUUUGGUCUGCAGCCAUCCUAGCUGCUCUUGGUGCCACUAUCAGUGUUGUUAUAAGUUUGGAUCGUAUUCCUUCUGUUAUUGCAUCGGCGUGCAUCGCUAUUUUCUAUACACUGAUUGGUGGGCUCUAUUCUGUAGCCUACACUGACGUCAUCCAGCUUAUCUGCAUCUUCAUUGGGCUGGUAAGUAAGUCAAGAGCAGCUGACAUGCGCAUCUUAAAAGUUAAACUCAGCAGGUAGCUACAGUAGGGAACUGCCUGCCUUUAUGCACAGACGAAAUAGGCUAGGAUCGGAGAAACGAGUGAUUUGCUGUGUGUGCUUAUACUUUUUAGCUCGUGUAACAAACAUUUUCCGGGCAAAUCAGUACCUUGUGGGUGCGGUCAUUGUAAUUUUGUUCUUAAUUCAUGUUCCUGCUUUACUCAGGUCCCUGUUUGCUGGUCUCUCUGUGUGUAGUUGACGUGAUUUUGUCGCUGUUACACGUCGCUGUUAUAUGUCGCAGGGUGUGCCGCGCAUGAUUUUGACCCUGGUUAGACGUCCUGGCCUGUUGAACACUACCCUGGGUACCAGAGUUUUUUCUCGUGUGCGACGGGAAUUUUCGGUGUUGGCCGUGGGCCGAAGCCACGAGUUUCGCGCAGGUCACUGUAAAGACUUUACAGAAACCGGAAACUGCGCUGGAAAAGUCUCUGGCACCCAAGGUAGUUGAACACGCCCCUGUUACAUUUUCCGGUAUGUGUGCCGCACGUGGUUUUCUCGCUGAAACACGUUCCUGUUGCACGCCCCUGUGUGAUUACUGCACGUGAUUUUGUUGAUGUUUUAUGUCUCUUUUACACGUCCCGGCGUUUGCACCGCACUUGAUUCUGCCUCUGUCACAGGUCCCGUGUCAUGUCGCUCUGGGUGUACUGCACGUGGUUUUGUCGCUUUUUCACUCUCUUGUGCAUCUUGACCCUUUGUAAAUUGCCUUCGUAUCUCUUAACCUUUAUGUUGCCGUUACUUAAAUUCCUCUAAUUUUGAUCUAAUGCUCAUCAUCGUUUUUAUUUUCCAGUGGAUCAGUAUCCCUUUUGCCUUAACAAACUCAGCAGUAAGCGACAUUGCUGAUGAUUCAGGGAAGCGUUGGACUGGCGAGUGGUCUACCAAGUUUGUUGGCGUCUGGAUUGAUUAUGCACUGUUACUGGUAAAUCUAUUAUCGCUGCAGAGAUAGUUUGCGGUCAAUUUCUUUUUCACUCUUUGUAAGUUUGUGUGUGGCAAGAUACCUCUCCAGUCGCAUCUCAAAUAAAGUAGACAGAUUCACCGGCUGUUUGACGGGAAUGCACGAACGAAAAUUUAGAGCCGCAGCAACUUACAUUUAACGACACAGUAAAUAUCUUUUUGGUGUCGAACUGGUAAUGACAUUCAAAAUGUAAUUUUUAAGCGGGAUUAGGUUGCGCUUUCCUGCGGCCGAACGCAGUUACCGUUUGGAUUAUACUUAUGUACAUCUUCCCCAUAGCCACCAUGUUAUAUGAGGUAUUCGAUACUAGGAAUUCGAAAUUGUGUUUUACUUCGUAUGCAGACUUUUGGUGGUGUUCCAUGGCAAGUGUACUUUCAACGUGUAUUGUCAUGUAAGACAGCCCGGAAAGCCCAAGGACUCUCCGUGACAGCCGCGUUUGGAUGCAUUCUGAUGGCUGUACCGGCAGUUCUCAUUGGAGCUAUAGGAGCCUCUACAGGUAUUACAUUCUAUGCCACUAACAUAAACUGAGACUACGGAUGAAAAAUCCUUCAGUAUAAGGCCCGAUAUCUAUCAACAAGUUAAUCAUGUCAACCAAACAAGUUUUGCACUCUGGGGUAGUGCGGUCAAACCCCUCUAAUACGAAGACUAGGGGGGGGGGGGGUCAUAAAAAGUGUCCGUAUUAACGGGGUGAGAGGGUUAAAUUAAGAGAAAAUGUAAAGGCCUUCUUUCCCCAAAGACAGAGGAAACUGUCUGUAAUAAUGAGGUGUUCGUUUUAAGCGGGGUUUGACUGUAUACAUUACCUCUGAGUGUAAAAGUCGACAACAUGCCAUUUAAACCGGCCAGGAACAGCAAGACAACGUUUACUUAAAGGUGUGCGAGCUUCCAUUUAGUCCGAUGUGCAAUCCAUUUAAACAAGCUUUGGCUGAACCGGCAUAUAAGAUCGGAGUAUCGAAUUCGGUGAGAAACAGAGAAAAUAAUUUCAGUUGAAAAUUGACCGGAACGAACCAACAGACAAUGAUAUAGUAGAAAAAAGAGUAUUUAUUUGCAACUGCUGCAUAUUUGUUGACUCCUUUUCAGUCAAAAAUAGUCUACUCUCCAAUUCCGUAGCCCGUUCCAGGCUCCCAAGAUCUACACUGACCGAGAGCACAGCCUGGCACAGGCUACCAACUCCGAUCCUUAUUUGUCGAUCUAUAAUCGCGACAAUACAUUCUUACCGGUAUUGACAUGCAGUACGGCUGGGCUGCCUGUGGUCAAAAUAGCUCAGCAUUAACCUCACUCUUACUUGCGUUUUUAUUGACCUCAACAUCGUCUCGGUCCAUAAAAACGCGAAGAAAGAACUUGGCCGAUAUCCAGCCAUCUUGACCUCACACAUGGUCAAUACAGCAAAUGUAUUAAACGCAUGCGCAAAACACAAGAACUCACUGAGUUCGACUCAGCUUUAGGUUGGUUACCAAAUGUUACUUUUUUGCUGUCUCACACCAGACUGGACCAAGACUGACUUUUAUACACCACCGUCUGGCAACAUCACCAAUCAGACUGCAUCAGUGGAAUUUGAUAAGUCACUAAUCCUUCCCAUGGUGCUGCAGUACCUUACUCCAACAGCGGUUUCAUUUGUGGGACUGGGUGCAGUUUCCGCCGCUGUCAUGUCGUCCGCUGACUCCAGUAUUUUGUCCGCCAGCUCAAUGUUCUCUCGAAACAUUUACAAACUGAUCUUCAGACAGAAGGUGAGGAGGUACUGUUAGAAAACAUAAAGACAUAAAAAUGGGGAAUUUCCAUUUAGUCCCUCAGAGGGACCAUGUUAGGGCAGUCUAAUCCAUUUUGCGGUUAAGAAGUCACCUUCUCUUGAUAAGUCAUCAUUCUCAAUGAGUAGACCUGUGCAGUUUUGUUAAUUAAACGCUCUGCAACUUGUCGUAAGCGAAUUUCAAAAAAGCUUCAUGACAACAAGCAUGUUUCCCCAAGCGUUAUAAUUGACCAUACGUCAAAGUUACAAAAACAGAGACAAAUUUUGAUGUAUAUUUUGCAGUCCUUAAGAAAAAACUGUGUUUUUUUGGUGGUAAUUUCUUUGCUCACCACCUUUCCGUUCGUUUGGUUGAAAAUAGAGUCUGAUGAUUAUUAAGGCUUUAAUACUAAAACCGACCUAGAAAAACUAAUCCCCAAAUUCCUUUGAGGGCAAUGAUUUCAGCGAAGGUAUUUCUCUGUUUUUUUCUUUUCCAUUUUGUGAUAAACAUAGUCAUUCGCCCAAUCUGGGAUAAAUUUCAAAGCUGUUCGUCAUAUUGACGGAAACGAGCGCAAUUUAUUUGUUACGUUAUUUCAGCUAAGAACCAAAAUUGCGCGUGGAAUCAGAAAGAUGUACAAGAAAACGAACGAAAAAAACUGAGUUAGUUGACAAACAAGAAAAUUGAGUUUUGGUUUUGAACUAACUUUUUUUCCAGGCCUCCGAGAAGGAAGUUGUAUGGGUGAUGCGCUUUGCCAUAUUUGGAGUAGGUGCGGCCGCUACAGCGAUGGCUCUGUUAGUGGAUUCAAUCUACACCUUGUGGGCUCUGUGCAGUGACUUGGUUUACGUCAUCCUGUUCCCACAGCUGUGCUGUGUGGUGUAUCUCCAAGGCACCAAUACUUAUGGUUCUUUUAUGGGGUACAUAGUGGGGCUGGUACUUCGCAUUGGGGGAGGGGAGAAGAGUAUCGGUCUACCACUGUUUAUUGAGUACCCAUAUUACAACAAAGACGAUGGACAGCUGUUUCCGUUUCGUACCUUAGCCAUGAUUGCAUCGUUUGUAACCAUCGUUGUUGUGUCGUAUCUCCUUAAGUUCUUGUUUGAGAGAGAAAUUAUUCCUUUAAAACUAGAUUUCCUGCAUUGCUUCAGGAAAUACGAGCUGGAGAAACCAGAAAAAGAGAAAAACGACGGCUACCCUAUGGUGAAAAGGGGAAGAUCAGGGAGCUCUGAACUGUAAUUCAAGUAAAUUAGUAACUGCCCCCUUACAUUGAGAACUAUGUUUUUGAUACGCUGAUACGCAUUAGUAGUAUCUGGUUAAACUUAUUCCACAUUCAAGAUACAAAACACCUUACUUAAAUCUAUCUCGCCGAAAUUUGGGACCUAAUAAAGAGUACGAAAGUCUAGUGUUCAUCGUUUUAACUAUCUAAGAUAGACUUUUUUUUCCGUUUUUUUGGUUUAAUCUUUCUUUCAGCGAUUAUGAGGCACUAAAUUUUUCGUUUGACCAAACGAUAUUGAUGACUGUUGCAAUCUAUAUGUCCUAUCCAAAUAUUUGUUUAUAAAAAAAACAUGAGGGUUACGCGCUUUUUCCUAUGUCGAAAUGGGACGAGUGAUAUUUCGGACCUACUCAUUGUCACCAUUAUGUAAAUAUUCUAUGCACCCCUGAUGACUCGCCAACCAUCCAAAAUGAACAUUGAUAUGAAAAGGAUUUUCCAUUCUCGUGCAAAUAAAACUCGUUUUCACAAGAAAGGGACUGUAAAAUUCCGAAAAUAAGCCCCUCCAUGGAUGAGCUCCACCAAAUAUAAGCCCCCCAAAUCGGUAACGCAAAAAAUUGUUCGUUAAAUCGCCCCUCCAAAUAUAAGCCCUCAAAUACAAAGUCAAACAAAGCAAAAACGGUAAAUUUACUUCACCUAUAAGGCUAGCCCAAUCGAUUUCCCUCCUUAGAUGAGCCCCUCCGAAUAUAAGCCCCUCCAAAAGGGUCUUUGAAAAGUAUAAGCCCCGGAGCUUAUUUUCGAAAUUUUACGGUAUUGCUCUUAGCCUCGUUUUGAAAGUGAGAGUUUUAAGAACACUGAAAUGGCCUGUUAGUCGAACAAAACAUUCUCGUCUUCGCAUGGUAACUCAAACGCCUUUUUCUCGCCUUUCAAAACAAAUGCAGCACCUUUGAUUUUUAAAGUGACUGUUGGCUAUUGUUAUUUCUUCCUUCUUCUAGCAUACUUACAUUGUAAACGAUUUUUUAAAGUGAUUUGAAAUAAAAAUUUUCUCAAGUUAGGAAGGUGUCCUUUGUUGGUUUAGAACCAUGGGCCCUGACAUAAAUAGGGUACUAGAUGUCGAAUUAUCCUUUCAGCUGGGUAAUCUCUUACCUUGAGGAGGAAUACAUUGUCAUAGGUUUUUGUCUUCGUCUCAUGAAUAAAAUGGGGGAGAACCUCAUAAAGAUAAUUUCACGUGCUAUUUAUUGGUGGUUUAUCAAGUUCUACCAGUUUUCAGCACCACCACAUAUCUAUGGUUCUCCCUCCCUCUCCUCCAUUUACAUUUAUCGACUCGAUGCUUUUGGUUGUGGAGGGAAAACAAUAGAAAUGUGGUGGUGGGGGGAUAUAAACUUGGAGUAGGAGCGAAACAACUUUAUUCUGGAGGAGAAGGAAGGGGAGUGGGGAAAGUAAAGAUUGUGUUUAGUGCUAGAAAGAGCUGUUUGCCUUCAAAUUCAUAAAUAUGCAAGUUUUGCUCUAUAACAAGCACUACCCCUUAACUAGAAUUACUUGUUGUCUGCAGUGGACAAUGAACGCGACCGGAAAUAGAACUUGCAAAACAGAGAGAAGUCGUUACGUCACGUUGCCAUGGUAGCAAAAUUUCUAGAUGACAACAAACGGAAAACGUCAUAAAAAAAGUUAAUUCGCACUGUUUCAAACUUCAUCGAUCUCACUGAAUUUCAUUUUAUUUGGAGAAAAUUUCUGGGGUUGAAACCGAAAGAACCGCAUCUAAGUUUAGAAAAAGAAAAAGAAAAUUUUUGUGUUGUGUUCACACACUCCAUAAAGCAGGCGCGUAAAAUUAGGAAGUUUCAUGUCGCAGUCGUGUAACGCAGCCAAGAAAUGUACAAAAAAGCGUGCUGCAUGUGUAAAGUUUGUUGCUUUAGCUCCCUAUUUUUGUGAUCCAGAAAUUUUGCUACCAUGGUAACGUGACGUCACACUUCUUCUGUCUAUUACAUUACGGCUCAGUGGCGAGUUGGCGCUUGUUCCUUCUCGACAACAUGAAUCAGCAAACUAAUACCUUUCUUAGUUUUUUGUCAACCAAUCAAAAGGAAGACAUUCAUCGAUCUAAAGCCAAUCAAUCCAGUUAAACCACCUAGAAACAGCACAUUACCUUUCCUGAUAAGAUUCUCCCCAUUUUAUUCAUGAAAAAGACAAAAGGCUAUGACGUCAUCCGCAUUAAGGUAUUCCCCCACAAGUUAAUAAGAUUCCACCGCAAAAAAGGAUAAUUCGGUCCCUAGUGUACUACUAAGACGAUAAGCAAAUCAAGAGGACGCAUAACGGACAAAAUGAUUUUAAAUUUCUGUUUCCCAUUAAUCAUAUCAAAUUACAAUAUAAACUGUUUUUUUAUUUCUAGUAUUUUUGUGAAAAAUCGAAAUUCAUUUCACUCAAGUUUCAGCACAUUUUAAAAAUCGGCGGACUUGUAGAGAAAAAACGAAAUUAUUUCUAGAAAUUGCUCGUUUAGGCGGCAUUUAUUGCACUUUGACAUCUGUAACCCUGGAUGUGGGAAGCGCAUCAGUACAUGAGAGGACGCAGCAAGUUUUACUGGAAGUACGGUACCAUGCAGACUUUUAAGCUUUAUGGGUAGCAAUGGGAACUUAAUCCCAUUUAAUAUGUCACGCCCCUCGAAAGUGCUAACAUUUAUGUAUCACGGGGAUAUUUAAUCGUAUUCAAUUUUGGCAUACAUUGCAAGGUAAUCAUCAUUUCGCGCCAGAAUAAAUUUGGUUGCGCGCCAAGUCCCUAACUCCGCCUCCUCACAAUUUCUAGAAACGUUGGCGUUAUAGGUGGAGUCAAGAGAGGAUAAAGGGGACAGAGAAGGCAUCCCCAAUACACACCCUAUUCCACAGGUAAUUCGUCUCGAGUUAGUUAUAGAAUCGGGAUAAAUUUACUUAGCGCGCUGCGUGGAUGUUUCGUGGACGUUUCGCAUGACUAAACGCCGUGCAAAACAUUUCGGGCAAAAGGCAAUGAAAGCGUAAAGAGAUCGAGAGCACUCCUGAAUAUUGAAGCGAAAUGAGUCGGCGCUCAUCUGGGAAAAGGGAAUCCUUGGACUCUUCAACAACCCGUGAAAUCAGUUUAACUCGAAGUUGUCGUAACCUCAGAGCUUUAAUGAAAUGAGAAAUUUCGCCGGUCUAUUGAAACCGGUCGUUUGUACAUAACGCAGUAGGACGCCAAGUGCUAUUUUGUUGAAUAAUAAAAGACUAAUAAAAGAAUAAAUAUCAAACUAGAAAUUGCUCUCUUCAAACUGUAAAUUAUAAAUGAUCCUGAGAGAAUAUUCAGUGUGUUAAGGGUUUCCUUGCUGUACUUUUAGCUCUAUACAAGAGAGGAAGGGCGAUUCUUUUUUAAUUUCCGUUUCGCUGACACAGCUUUAGCAGAAAUCUCUCUGUAGUCGUUUUCGUGGCCAAAAGGAAUAGCAAUAUCGCUCUCCGCGUCUUCCGCCAUUUUGUUCUGCGUCAAUUCGUGAAGGACCCGUGGCUCCGAGCGUGGGUCAUCCACGCGGAACACAUUCGCGCUAUGUGAUUGGCUGUCUUCUAAUCCCCCUUGAGAUCUGUGGUGUUAAAAAUAACUUGAGACGAAUUACCUAUGGAAUAGGGUGUGUAUAGGGGAUGCCUUCUCUGUCCCCUUUAUCCUCUCUUGCUGGAAUAUAUUGCCAAAGCAAAGAUCUGGCAUUUCACCUCCUCGUCGUUUCUUUUCCUCGGGAAUUGUUUAUAUUUGGAAGUAGUGAGAAUGGAUCAGAAUGUGCCGGUGGAUGUUAUUUUCGCAAGAAUUAAUACAUGCGGCCAAAUUUCAAGGAAAGUUGCAGGAUUUUUCUCAUUGUUAGCGAAAGGAAGACAAAAAGACCCGACUACUCUGAGGUAAGAAUUAAAAGUUUUAAUUAGUUUCCAGGAGAAAUUUAUAUCGCUGCGACAUUAUGACAUGAUUUCAGUAUUAAUUAAGUAACAAAACUUGACCAGAUCUAUAGAAAGUUCAGGAUACGCAAACGUAAAGAAUUUUUAAGCUAUGAGUGGGAUGCUAGGUUGCAACAUGUUCGUGGUUUCCUGUGUUCGUACAUUUUGCACGGAAAGCCAGACCUUUUCAAUUCCAACAAAAAUACUCUUCUAAUUUUCAACUUCAGCUUAGGCCCCAACCGUGUGUUAUGGAGACGAAGCUUGAUUUUGGGCCGCGCAGAGGUGGCUGUGGCCUUUUUGUGAAGCGUAAGGCGAUCACAAGCUUUUUAGCAGCCUCGUACCCAGGCCUGUUCGCGCUAUUCGAGUGACCAGAGGAGGCUUGGAACCGAGCGCGAUAGCGAACUUUCCCGACAAGCUUGACAGGUGACGUCACAUCCGAAAUCGCUGAGGACGACUGGGAACGAGGCUGGCUUUUUAGCAAUUCUUUCAAACCUCGAAACUGUCAGUGAGAGAGUCCGCUUUAAGCUGUACUUUCAUGGAAAGGCACAUCAUACUCAUGAUACUAGCCUAUCUCCUAGUGAUGCUCUCUUCUUCUCUUCUUCAACUCAACUUCAUUCUUUUUCGAACUGGCGGACGGCGCGUCCCAUACAGUUCGAUGUAACAUAUUAUACUCCUGUUUUUAGUUUAAAACUAACACAUUCAGACAAAUUAAAAUACCGUUAGUUACAAUAAGAGCGACGACGUUUGCUGCAGUACGAAUGCACUUCUUGUGUGACGUCGUUUGAUACAAGUUUGGCAAACCAAAGAGUUAAUAAAGAAAAUAAAGAUGAUGAAAGAGCGAAAAUAUAUCCAACGACAAAUUGACCUCACAGUAUUAUUUCUACUUCUUCUUUAGCCAGAAGAAAGGAAGAAAAAGACCACUAAACGCCACACACAAUGUAUCUGCAUGUUGCACUAGAAAAGCGACCGUUAAAUAGAGGAGAAGACAAUAAAAAUGAUCUCGUUGGGACCUCGACAAAGGUGACCGCGACCGCUUAAUCAGCUUAAUUGUGACCGAAUACUCAAGCUGAUUUCGUAAGUGAAAUCAAGGAUUGCCAUGAUUUGCAACUUACCUAGGAGUGUUUUAAAUACCUUGGAACGCAUGUGGAUCCUCGAUCAUUCAUUGGAUUGUUUUGCCCCGUAUUACAAUGCCAAGACUCCGCGCUUUAUCUCUCGAUUUUGCAAUCCUGCCACAGCUGGAGUUGAUGCCUUUUUGAGGUUUAACGUCUAUGUCACCUGGUAUAUAAGUCCCUGACGUUUUAGCUUCAUGCGGCUUUUUCAGUGAGUGAGACCGGAGGCUUUUCCAGAUGUCACGAGAUCACUUUGAGUUCUUUCGGCCAGAAUAAACAUGUCAAUUUAUUUCAAGAAUAAAUAUUUGAUUCUAUUUUUUUCCAGUCAUGAGAAGGGGGAAUUGUGUGGUAGUUCCACCUGUUGGUAUUAUUACCAGUGUUCUCAGCUACAUCAAAUUGCAAAGCGUUGUUAUAUUAAACAUAGCUAGGAUAUUCGCUUAAUUAAAUAUUCAAUAGCGUUGAGCACGCUAAUGACGUCAAAGAAACCAAAACCUCGAGUCCUUGAAAGCUUUAGUCAGCAAUCCAUAACUCAAUAGUUCACGACGCAAUGAAAUGAGAAAUACUUUUGAAUUUGUUAACAGUUAGUAGACAAGUUAGGUGAGUGCUGUUAUUCUUGCUGUCAUUUGCUCGUGCUAUAGCGUGUGCAAAUCAUUUUUUGCAAAGUUUUUUGUUUAAAAGAAUUUUUUCCCCAAAUUAUCUCAGUGUGGAUUCUAAAACCUUUUUGAGUGUUACAAGCGACUUCUGUAAACUUUCUCCCUGCUUGAAGGUAAAAAACAUUUGCAAACUGGCCAAAAAAUGGAGUUAGACAUUGACGCGAAUUGCUUUAUUUGCUUUAUUUGCACUAGUCCUGAAUACAAUUCCAAAACAAGUAUAACAAACUUUAUUAAAAACUGAAUAAUUGGAUGAUGCAAUUCCACAGCUCUGAUUGGCUCAGCCGUCAUGGUAUAUGAGCCAUUAUAGCGUGCUCUCCAAUAUGGUAACUGUACAUGUCUGCUCAAAAUUAAAAACUGUCUGAAAAUCGGUUGCUUUUACAAGUAAAGUCGGGAAGAAUUCUCAAUAUUUUGAGGCCGUUAUUGAUAAAACAAUUAUGUCAUGGAAUACCGUAAAAUUCCGAAAAUAAGCCCCGGGGCUUAUAUUUUUCAAAGGCCCUUUUUCAGGGGCUUAUUUUUGGAGGGGGUUAUAUUCGAAGGGGCUUAUCUACGGAGGGAAAUUUGUGUUUCAAAAUCGAUUGAGCUAGCCUUAUAGUUGGAAGUAAGUUUACUGUUUUUGCUUCGUUUUACUUUGUAUUUGAGGGCAAUUUUCCAAGUACAAGCCCCCGGGGGGCUUAUAUUUGGAGGGGCGAUUUAACGGAGGGUUUUUUGCGUUACCGGUUUGGGGGGCUUAUAUUUGGAGGGGCUUAUACAUGGAGGGGUUAUUUUCGGAAUUUUACGGUAAUUGUUAAAUAGACAGGCAUAUAUAACUUUUCGAGGUGACAAUGAUACAAAGCCGUAGUGCGUGAAGGCUAAUAAAACCGCGAGGUUAUCUAGUUAGCGUCCAUCUCAUUUAAGUCAAAAUCAGUCGUCACGAGAGGAGGGAUCGGCAUUUGCAAAAGAAGAGGUCAGGAAAAAUCAACACUUGGCUGGCCUAGCCUACAAGCACGCAGAAAGUAUCUCAAAUUCGUCUUAGUCCAUAAGUGUCUUCACGGAAUAGCGCCUUCGUACUUACUUUCAGAGUUUAGACACGCGCACCUUUUCCAUGGCUAUAACACCAGAAGUCGUGAUUUGCUGCGCCCUCCCUUCGCAAAAACUACCAAAUACCAAGGUAGCUUCAGAAUAAACGGUGCUCGGACCUACAACACCCUACUGUGAAUCAUUAGACAAGUAGAGACCCUCAGUGAAUUCAAAAUCAAGCUAAAGCGCCACUUUAAACAGUAACAUCUGCGUGACAUGUUGUCUUAACUUAAUUAAUUGUCUAAUUUUAAUGUUUUACUGUCUUUGUUUUUGUGUUCUGUCAGGGCUCCAUUUAAACUAGCUCUGCUAAACUAGAUGCCCCCUGGAUAAAUAUUGAAUUAAAAAAAAAAAGACGAAGAGUUGAGGGAAAAUAACUGAUAACGUUUAACCCUUUAAGUCCCAAUAGUGACCAAGAUCAAUUUUCUCUUAACGAUAUCCAUACAUUGUCAAGAGAUUUGGUUAUGAGAAUUUAUAAAAUGAACACCUACUGCUUUGCUUUGAUCUUUUAUCAAAUUCUCUCAACUCAUUCUUUAAGGGAAAUGUAUAAAGAUCAGUUUGGAGAAUUUGUAUGUGGAUAUAAUGGGACUUAAAGGGUUAAUGUUGUUGAGAUAAGAGGUAAUUUUUGAUACACACGACCUUGGCCAUCAGAUCAGUGCAAGACCAGGGAUGUCCUUGAUCUGUUUCCUCGCACGCUUCUUGAGUUCUUGCGGUUAUAGUAAAAUCGAUCACAGAUUUCCCGUCUUGUAAGUUUUACAAUUAUCUUUGAUGGAGCCUUAGUAUUGAAACUGGGAAUAGGAUGCGAAACUGAGAUGUCCAUAUCGCUAACGGACACGUCAAUGGCGUUUCCAACCGAUCUUACGACGCCUUCACAUGAGAGCUCCUCGUUCGGGGCUAUUCCUGAGAUUUCGAGGUAAUCACGUCGGAUGUACUGAGCCAGCUCUUCUGUUUGCAUGUGUGCUUCGUUCGCAAUCUUCCUAGACUCAUCAAGGUCUUUCCUGAGGCUUUCGAUAAUGUUACUUUGGUGAUAAAGUAUGAUAAAGCUUGUCAGUUACGAAAUCCGUAUUGACUAAAAAGGUCGUCGUAUUUGUUUGAUAGAAAUGGUACUGUCGUCUGUAAAUCGUCGUGAGUUUUGCUAAUCUUUUCAAUUUCUAGUUCUAUCUUAGGAGCUCCCUCAUCUCCCCUUUGUAGGCAUGUUGUCAAUUUAGUGUCGAUUUGGCGGGAGACCUAGCAAACGUGCAUGGCCGCCCGCCAUUACGUAGCCUGCGAAAACAGCUGUUCUCCUCGCUCUUUGGCGCGAGGAGCGAGGAGAAACGGCUCUUUUCGCAGGCUAGACCAGGCUAGCCAUUACGUCAUAUGCUAAUCCAAGGUAACUGCGACAUUGAUAGCAGUGAAAAUGUUAUAUUUUUCGAUAUUUUCUUAUGUUUUCGGAUCAUUUCUCACAUUUAAAACGUUCAUAAAUCACUCUCAGAUAGAAAUAACUAUAACUUAUAGUCAGUUGUAUAGUUUAACCUGUAGUUUCUGGACACCAGGGUUUCUAUCAAGACAUUGCACAUGAGUACGCUUUGUGUAAGACGUUAUACGAAGAUUUACACAGUACUCUGACGGCCUGUGAAAUGCAGGCUGCUCAGCAUACGAUUUUCAUAAAAAAAAAGGCGCCAUGUUGUCUGGGACAGUCGUAUAAAAAACAUUAGUAUUGUGAGUCAUAACUGUAAACUUGAAUUGUAAAAGUCCCAUUUAGUAAUAGUAGAAGUCCCAUUAAAGUGCAACCUCUGUACAUGGGCACCUGCCUAUUUAAUAAAACAAAGCAGUGUCGUUUACAAUAGCCCUUAUGCAUGUUUACGUCACACAAGCAAAUUUCACCACCAAGCCCCGUUUUGAAAUUAAAAAUAAGUGAAGUUUCACAGAAAUGAAUUCCCAAGGCAGUAGAGUUGAAAAGAAUACCCACGCACAAAAAGUGCAAAUGCAAAAAAUUUUGUUCACAAACGAGGCUUGUUGGUGAAAUUUACUCGUCUGACGUAAUCAUGCAUAGGGGCUAUUAAUUUAAUAUGGCCAAAAGGUAUGAAGCAAAUUUUCCGAUAAAAAAUGGCUUCAAAGGGCUGCACUCAAAAAAAUUAUUCUUACACGGGCAAUCUGCCAGAAAAAAAUUCUUGCGAGCCAAAACCCCCCACCCCCAGCUUUUCUAAUGGUCCGUCCCUAAAAUUCAGUUUGACGACAAUCACUCAAAACAGUUCGUGUAAUCCAAACCUCGGCCUCUAAGUUUUUGGCAGGAUUAAUGUACCUUGGGCAAGUGAAUCAUGGUGAAUGACCGUCACAUUCAUGAAAGUAUUUUUGGGGCAAAUUUUGCAAAAGUAGAUUCAGCCUGCGAGAGCAGAUGCCCCUCUGGCUUUUGUUUCACACUCUACGGCAGUCAUUUACAAAUUAUUGCUCAUUAAGUAGAUGUUACAUGACGAACCAAGCGCUACCCAAAAGUGUCAGAAGCGUUCUCAGAUUUUUUGGUAGAAGAAAAUUUAUAAGCAUUCUUGACCGUGAGUUUGACUCAGUGUGAUAGAUAUGGAGGAAAUUUAAGCUACACAUUCGGUGAAAGCUAUUUUUGGAAUUUAAAAAUCAAAAUCGUGUCAGAUUAUCAUCAAGCGAAUUUAGUCAGAGAACAUUCAAUAUUAUUGUGUGUUCUGUCAUAUUUAUUUGUUAACCUAGUUGCAGUUUAAGCUUUCUCAUCUUCUUCCGCUUCGCGACGUAUUCAUAUGAUGUCUUGAAAAUGCUCUCCUAGUGUCAGGUUGCAAGAUGUCUGUUCAAGUCGCCACUGUUACCUGAUCUGGCCUGCGCGCGCAUUGCUAGAAUCGUGCAACGCCAGUCGUGUCAGUAUGUAAUUGGCCCAUUCUCGUCCACAGUGAUUAGGGUUAGGCUACUUUUUUAGUGAAAUAACAAGACCUUGAGUUUUCUUUUUAAAUGGCUGGAAGAAAAAUAUUUAAUGAUUAAACAAAAUGUAUGAUUGUGAUAACGACAACGCGUUUUUCAUGAGUGUCUGGCUUGUGCUUGAAGUUAUUAGAACAGUGAGGAGAACGGUCUGUUGCCUUAACCGCCACUCUCCGCUCAUUUCUGAUCUCUUCUCCACAGCUUACUCCAAAAGAAAGCUGUCUUGUUAUGAAUCCUACAACUCGAAAUCAUGGCAGUCUGAAAAAAUGAUUAAGUCGCUAACUUUUUUCAGACUUCAUGAGCACUUCUACUACAAGCAAGGUUCAGGCUAAAGUGGUCACUGAUAUUGAAUAAUAGGAAUCUGAUGAAAAAAUGUUCUUUGUGGAUUCGCAAACAUAUUUGAACUCGUGAUUAUCGCAUUAAAUGAACUGCGGAAUUAUUUCAAAAUAAGAAAUUUCAUGUGCAAGUGUCCGGAAAAAUUGAAAAGGACAUGCUAAGAUCCCAUCGCUUUUAAAGCGUGACUAUGAUCACUUAUUAUUGAUCAAGUCGCGUUCAUUGUUUGUUUUAAUUUUUUUUUUCACCAUCAGGAUCUUACUCUCCGAUGCUACUUUGUUUACAAACGCGCCUUGAGCACUCAGUGACCUUCGUACCAUUGACUAUUCAUAAUCAGUUGUAACAUAGCUCUCUCACUAAAUUAGUGAUCUUUGAUCACUUGUUAAGAAAAACCUAAUUAGGUAAACCUCUUGCACUUAAUAAUCGUGUCAUUCAUCAUUCAUGCACUAGCUCUCUUAGUAGGCGUCAAACUAGCUAAUAAUCACUGUAGUUGGAGCUUGGCAUUUGUAAAGGUACGUUCUCAACUCUCCCAAUUCUAGAGAGUACUAGUGUCUUUCAGUUUUUCUCAAAGCUGUUUUCAUUUGUAAUUCCACUACCAACAGUGAAAAACGAUCGUGUAUAUUAUUUUCAAAAUGCCUUUUUUUUGCUGGAACGUUGAGGCUAAAAUGACCUGCAGCUUUAGUUCCACUAUAUAAUCUUGUAUUAGGAAUAUUAGGAAUAUUUUCCUUAUUACACAAAACUCCGGCCUUGUACAACGCUUCGUGACUAACAAGGAGUUAUAUAUUUUAAACCAACCGUUACUAUAAAGUUUUGCCUUAUUUUCUUUCUGGAAAAACAGUUAAAUCGCGAUGAAAAAUACCAAAUUCGAUUUUGACGCUCCUUAAUGACUUCAUAAUGACGGCGCUGGGAGAGAACAUAUUCCGUUUUCGGCGACACCAUCCAAACGAAGUUGCCUUGGGUGCCUCAGCUAGCUACAUACACAUUAUUUCCUAAUGGUUACUUAUGUGCUAGUCAGCAAAAGGAUAGAUUUAGAGUUCGGAACUUCAAAGUUAGUAUUCGUAUUCGUUUUCCUCGACAUAUGAUAAGUUCGUUUUUAUAAAGCCAUAUUUGAUGUUGCCUCAAAAUCGAAUUUAGUUUAAUGUGAUACUGUAGUUCCUUCAAAAUAUCAGUCAAUACGUAUGCAACAACAUGCACUGAAAAAGGUAAUACGUAUGUUUUUUUGUCACUUUGAUCUGUUUACGGGUUUUCUGAAAUUUUAUACCGUUACAUAACUUAAAAACAUAUAAAGAGACCGGUCAAUAUUUUUGCCUGAAAAUAAGGGGAUCAGAGGAUUAUUGUUUCGAUCCCCAUAUAAUAUAGCAGGUAGCUGAAUGGAUAGCUUCACCGUUAACACAAUUAUGUGACCCCCCAAAAAGAAGCCAUAUAUAUUCCACCAUUUAUUAAUUACUUAUCUAGUUUUAUGACUUUUUUAUAUUUCAGAAAAUUGCCUUCCAGUCUCCCUUUGCAUUUCGUUAACCUAUAAGGAAGUUGAUCAUUCCAAAUGGCUGAGGUAAACAUCCCUGGUAUUGUGGGUAUCGUUGUUUUUUAUCUUUUAAUUCUUGCUGUCGGCAUUUGGGCCAGUCGACGGCGCAAGGCAGGUGAAGAAGAAGCAAUGUUAGCUGGUCGAAGUAUUGGAACGUAUGUUGGUAUAUUUACUCUGACAGGUAAAGCACUUCUCACUGUCAAAGCUAAAGUAAAAUUCAAGCGAUAAUAAAACCUCAACUUCAAUGGAGCCGGAAUGAUUUUAAAUGAUGCUUAAAAAAAUACUUGAAAUGGAGCCGGAAUGAUUUGACUGACGCUUUAUCUUCGAUUAUCGUUUUGACUACAAAAGCCUUUUUUCACGUGGAGCAGCGAGCAAAAGUGUGUGCGCUCUUGACCUUAGCACGAGACCGUUGGCGUACAGCCACAAAGUCUAAAGUCCUCUAUUAUAUUUGUUGUUGUUGUUAGAUAGAUAGAUAGUUUAUUUAUAAGCAUAUCGCAACCGUGAGGUUGAAUUAGGCGAUUAUUUACAAAUAAUUAUGAUUACUUAAAAAAUACAACCACUAAUAAGCUAAUAGAAACAAUACGUGAAUACUCUACAGUAAAACUGUGAUUUGGUAAAAAAAGGAUAAAAUAAAUAAAAAAUUGGACAUGGUAAAAAGUAGUCGAAUCUUCUAAAACUAUAGAUAGGGAGUACAGUUAAGCUUUUAGAGGGUUGUACGUAAUAAAACUAUUACAGAAUCUGUUCGUCUUGAAAACGGGCCUUAAAUUUCCGUGUGUUUCUUAGGUUCGACCUAGAGGUAUUAAGAGCAGGGAGAAGGCCGUGGAGCUUAUUCUCUUUGUUCUGUACAACGGCCUUAAAUAGUUUGUCUACAAGUUCCUGGCGGCGGUCUGAAAGUUUAAGUAGGCUUGAUUCAACCAAAGACUCUUUGUACGAGCAGAAAGUGGAAUGCCAACGUUGCUUUUCAGUCUGUGUGAAGUGGUCUUUUGCAUGGUCUACUGAGUUUAGUAAUACACACACCUCUUGGUUACAAAAAAAUUUAAGGCGUCAGACACUUCUGGAACGUAUUAUUACAACUUUUACUUUUAAUCAUUUCACUAAUAUAGUAUUUUAAAGUACGAUAAUUUUACUUUUUUUCUAGCACACUCGAUUGUUCUGUAAAGUCCAUUGAUUUCGAAGGCCAAUUACGAAACUUCUUGACGCCUGGAAGUAGUAAACAAAACACGAGUUAGAGUGCUUUAUCAUAUGUCAAAAUGACGAGACAGUAUAUUUAACCCACAUUCAGGCAUCGCUAAAAAUGGCGCAACUAAGUUGUUUUUUGACCGACCUUAAGGUGUUUCAAUUUUGAAUGAAACACGAGUCGUGUUUGAGAUUCGAUUGAGAUACUUCACGAACGAAAAAAUGAUAGUUGUGAAUAUAUGAAAAAAUAUUAUGAGAAAUGAUAGUUUCCAGAGAAACUAGUUUAAGUUCUUCAAUUUUUUCGUGAUUAGUAUCCGAUACCUAUUUCUCUGCGGGGUUAGAGAUAUUCGUGUUUUUCAUGUUCUUAGAUUAAAAGCCAUAUUCAGAAAGAAAGAUAGCGUCUUUCCUCAACCACUCAACUCUUUUGCCUGCCCUCAGCUCUCGAAUGAGGGCCAGUCUAGUCCAGUCCAGUCCAGAGUCCAGUUCUGAUUUUCCAACUGGCCACUAUUCGAGCACCUGACACUCCUGCCAAACUACCAAAUAGGCACCUCAUUAGGCUGCAGAUCAGGUGCUAUUUUGUUGCGGUUUUCAGGUGAACACAAACCAUGUGUGGAACGCGAGACACGCGGGGAAAGGUGCGGUUAUUUUUCGGCUCCACGUCCUCUUUACGUUCACCUGAAGAACGCGAAAAAAAAACAGUGCCUGUUCUGCAGGUUAGAACCUCACAGGCUAAUCACCUUCUCUACUUUUAGCGAAGCCUCUUCUUCUUUAGUCUGUUCUAGUUUCAACGACUUCUAUGUACUUGCAGAGUUCCUUCAUGGGCAACAUUGAGCCAAAUAAAGUUUAAGUUAUCCUCAACCCCAUAUUCGAUUAGAAAACCUCUUUUUCAUGAGCGCCACGUCGUUUGGACGAAAUUUUUUUUCCCCUCCCUUCCAUUGAACGUGUCUGGCAUUCCACGCAUGCCCACGCCCUCUUCCUGAAUUCCCUCACAUAAAUAACCACUGUUCUGUAUAAGCUCUCCCGAAGCACGCGUUUUAUUAUUUUAAGAAUUAGGAAACUUUAACUGACGUUUUUCCGUUUUUCCAUAGCAACCUGGGUCGGAGGGGGGUUCAUUAACGGUACAGCGGAAGUUGUCUAUUCUGAGGGUCUAGCGUUUGCCCAGGCCCCCUGGGGAUACGCAUUAAGUCUUGGCUUAGGUGAGUAGCGAGAUCCAUUGAGCUUUCUGUGGUUUUACUUUAGUGUUCGUUUGGUUUCUUGGUAAUCUUGACUGAACAUUGCCACAUUUAUUUGGAGUACGCUGAUGUUAUAGCACCGACAUUAUUAAAUGAUGUCUUGUUUGAUAUAAAUAAAGAAGUGAUCCUGACCUCCAUUCGAGCCAUCCAACAAAUAGAUUAGCCGAGAGCUCUUUCAAGCGAAAGAUGAAGGACGGUCUCCAAAAGGGUUCGUCAGUCAAUCCUAUCAUCCCGACCCAAAUUAUUGCUCAAUCUCGUAAUCCUGAGGGUUAUUUUUGCCAUCCCACAUCCCGCGCAUACUUUUAAUCUCGAAUUUUUCCCCCGCUUAGGUCCCGAUCCCGGCCUUGAAAUAAGACCAAUCCCGGGGAAGGAGGGGCGACACUUAUCUAAGCCUUGCCUUCUUCAGGCUCUCAGGAUUUUUGAGACCAGUCUGGGUAAUCCCCAUUAAUCCGCCAUUGGAGGAUGGGCUCCCUGUUGCAUACUGCGGCUUCUUGUCUUUCAGGUGGACUGGCCUUUGCUAAGAUUAUGCGCAAAAGAGAGUAUUUCACUAUGCUCGAUCCAUUCCAAGAGAAGUACGGGCCUCGCAUGGGUGGUCUGUUGUUCAUUCCUGCGCUGCUUGGAGAGAUAUUUUGGUCUGCGGCCAUUCUUGCCGCCCUUGGCGCCACUGUAAGCGUCGUAGUGAACUUAGAUCGUGUGACCUCAGUCAUUGUCUCUGCAUGUAUCUCCGUUUUCUACACGCUGAUUGGUGGGUUCUAUUCUGUGGUUUACACUGAUAUCAUUCAACUCAUCUGCAUCUUCGUUGGACUGGAAGUAUAUAAGAUAAUGAUCUUUAUGGCAUUUGACACCAGUUUAGAUUUAUCCUGUACAAUGCUCUCGUUGUGUCCUUUUAAGUUUCCUGUACUGUUCUUUCUUCUUUAGUGGAUCAGUGUUCCAUUUGCAAUGACAAAUCCAGCAGUAGGCAGCAUUAGUGUUGAUUCAAAGGAAUGGGUGGGAGAGCUUUCCGUCAAGCAAUUAGGCCCUUGGAUGGACUACGCACUUUUAUUGGUAAAUACAGAUUUUGUUUCUGAUUUGAUUUUUCUAACUACAUAAUUAGGACGAUAUUUUGCCCCAUCCUUCUUUAAAUUUUGUUUCCACCACAAUACUUCUCCGAUAGUGUCGAAACGAAAACAGCGUAAAGCACGUAUGACUGCUUGGACUCCAUUAUAUGUAAGUCAUGAAGCCCUUUUUAUACUUCAGGUUAAUUGUUAGUUAAACCUAGUGAUAACAAAUACGUGGUCCCUGGGAAGUGACAAAAAGUAAAUUUAACUUAUCGAUUAAGAACCCAAAGCGCUUUAAUAGAAGCUCUCAAGAAUCGAAGUUGCUUUAAGUAGAAGGGAAAGUAGGAGUACUCGUGGAAAAUACUUCAUGGAAAAAGGAUGAGAACUAAAAACAUACUCCACCCUCUUUUAACAAUGCUCCAGUGUAAUGAAUGACAUUCUUCUCCUCCAGUUAGAAAAUAUGACACCAACAAAAUGGAUCGCUCUGAUUACGAACUACGACUUUUCCAAUCGGUGACAAUAUAUAUUGAUCAAUAUUGGUAUUUAACAAUUAUUGACCAAAGUUGAGGUAGUUAUUCUCCGGUUUCAAAGUCAUUUUGGCGAAUAAAAGCGCUAACCGUAAAUUUAUAAAAAUCCUUCCAAAAUUCCAAAUUCCUAACACAAUUACUUCAUGCAGGCGGUCUAGAGAUGGGUGGAAAAAAUUCACCGUCACUAGACUGCAAAACAGUCGGUGUUUUUCUCAAAAUCAGUAAAGAAAUUGGUAAAACGUGGCUUAAGAAUCUUACGCGCGCGAUACGCGAGAGCCUAACACGCCGAGCGUGUCAAUCUUAUUUUAGCGUAUCUCCUCAAUCUCGCUCUCUGUUUUCAGCCUCGUUACAGACCUUUUGUUUGACUGCUCGCGCGUAUUUGAAGACGCAAAAAUAAGGAGUGUUUGGCAGUCUAUACCGUCACCGGUCAAAUCUACCACCCCAUUGAGUUCCUCAUCCUUCGCCUUCCAUUUUAUCUACUGGGUCUUUAAUUCCAGCAAAAAGAUUUUACUGAUGCAAUAUAUUAGUGAAAUAUUGCGUAGAACAAAAAGAGUGAAUAAGCAAAUAAGGCUAUGUGUGCAAUGUUGCAGCGUGUUUUCAGGAGAUAACGAUAUUUUCUACCGGGGGAUAGUGAUAAGGACAAACUCGCACGAAAUUGUAUACCCUGUUUAGCACAGACUGGCGUGAAACUAUAUACCCGGUCAGAAGAGAGGUAAAAAACCAUACCCUGUCCGGUGGAACAUCCCCGUAUAUGCAAUAUUAGGGAAUACACCCGCUCCGUGCGAAACAUUUUGAAGAGCUUGUUAUUGCAUGUUGUAACCAAAAAAGCCAAAAUUUCUCAACUGGAGGAAAUAGAGAAGUGUGUAGUCGAGUUACCCAAGACUUGGGAUCUCACUUAGUUUCACUGUUUAUAAUUUAGAUAACGCAAACAUUGAUGAAGAUUUUGUUUUCUGUGUAGAUGUUUGGUGGUAUACCAUGGCAAGUUUAUUUUCAGCGAGCUUUGGCUUGCAAGACCCCACGCAAGGCCCAAAUUGUCUCUUUUGUAGCCUCGUUAUGUUGCCUUCUGAUGCCCAUACCGGCUGUCCUAAUCGGGGCUGUUGGCGUCAAGACAGGUAAAGUACGUUCAGAAUGCAGUCUUAGACAGAUCUGCACCUUACUGGGGUUGCCUUUAACCUGCGAGGGCAUCCGGUUUUUUGGGCUCUAGUUUCACCCGCGGAGAAAAACCGGAGGGAGAGAAGCGACGACCGGAAAUACGUCUGCGGUUUGCAGGCUAGCCGGCACUCCCCUAGAAGACCCCAAAAUGCAGGACGAUAUAAAUUAAUAUUUUUAAAUUUCUUAAGGGCCAUCACCGUAGGCAAGCUCGAAUGGUGACGGGAUGAGGACAAAGUGUCCCAAUUAGUUUGGUCAGCAAUUGUGGUUUAACCUUAACCUGGGAUAUGUUUUUUUUAGAUAGAGAUGUAAGCACAGAGGAUAUGAUCGCAGGCUAAGCUGAUUUUCCUACGUUUGGUUUAAGUCCAUCUGUUUCUUUGCCAUUAUCCAGGCUUGGACUUAUUUAUUUCAACAAUGCUAAGAUUUUGCUUCCUCUCUUUCUUUUCUUUCGGGUAUUAAGAUUUAUCAUUUUCGCCACCAUACUUGUAUGAAAACAAUGUAGAUAAGUUUCCUGUCAUCUUGAAGUUUCUGUUUUCUUCACACUAGACUGGAAAAAGACAUCUUUUUAUACACCACCUGAAGGCAAUGUCACCAAUCAGAGUGCGACUGUCACCUUUGACAAGGCGAUGAUCCUUCCCAUGGUGCUUCAGUAUCUCACUCCAACACCUGUGUCGUUUGUGGGUCUGGGCGCUGUGGCCGCUGCUGUCAUGUCUUCUACUGAUUCCAGUUUUGUAUCAGCCAGCUCAAUGUUUUCUCAUAACAUUUACAAACUUAUCUUCCGACAAAACGUGAGAUAUAUUUUUUGUAAACAACUUGUAGUUUGUUCCAUAAACUGGUGUAUUAGCACCAAGAAAAUAUAUAUUUUUAACAGGAGCCCAUCAAAUGGAGCCUCCAUCUCCAUUAAUUUCUUGAGUCAACCCUUUCCCGAGUAGAUUUAUAAAUAGAACGGCUUGUUUCCCGCGAACGAAAAGCGUCAUAUUUCCGUGAGUCUCGUAUGUCACCGUGAAAAAAUGAAGUUGGAUGAAGUCGAACCCAAAGGCCCAUCCUUCGACCGUUUUCCUUUUUUACUAUACUAUUUUUACAAUUUUACAAACGUUGGGAUCUGGGUAUCAUGAAAUAUAAGUUAAUGAAUUACCCGCUGACUGAGCAUGAAGCGAUGGGACAAAGGCAGCGAACUGAGGAUCAAGGAAAGGUUAUCUUUGCGAGUUUUUUUUUUUUUUGCCGUCAUGCAUCCCAUAUUUAAACAUGCACCUUGAAAAGAGUCGACCAAUAUUAAGCGUUCUGUGGACGAUUUGGAACUUUUCGAUGAUCAGCGCAGAAAAAGUGCCAGGGCAUGAUCAUUUGAUUUUUGUCAUCACCGUGGAGUGGAUUUCGCCAGUUAAGCACCGCGUGCAAAAGCGAUGACCUAUCUAACAACUAAGGAGGAAUGCUUCAGUUCCGAAAUUUGAGAAAUUGCAGUCUUCCUUUACAACUGACUUGUAUCACCGUGAAAGUUGCCUGAUAAAACAGGCACUUGAAAAGUUGAACAGAAGACAACAGUUGCUCGACCGUGAAGCUAACUCAAAAGUAAUUUGCUAACGAGGAAUUUGUGACAUCGCGCUCCAGUCCAAAUACCCUCUUAUCUCAAGAAAAACAAAAUGGAUUGUAUCUGCGCCAAACUGGAAUUAUGACUGACUAACAAGACAAUUCUCAGCAAUUAAUGUAGAAGUUUAGGCCAAUUCUUUCCUUCGAAUUCGCCCGGCUGUAGAUCACUUUUUUGCGAGAAACAAUGGCUGGGCCCGGCGUUACAAAACAUAGCAGGGAAUCAUCACACUAGCUGACGGGCAAAAAAACCACAAGGACUACAAGUAUUUAUUCAGAUAAAGGCAUUUUGGAAAAAAAAAACUUGAAAAACUAGAAAUUUGAUUAAUAUUGAGUCAUUUAGCCGACAUAGGAACCUUAACGCUCAAAAAAAUUGGCUAAAGAAAACGAAUCCUGUCAGAACCACAGACUGCAGGUAGUAGUUAAUCAUUACGCAUGUAACAGACCACCUUUAUGGCCUCUUAAUGUGAGACAAGUAACCAAACUUAAGAUUAACAUAGUAAGAGUUUAAAACUCUCCACAGUAUAAUCUACCAGCUAGAAAGAAAAGAAAGAAAAUCUCUGAGGGAUGAAAACGCUAAAGUCACGUUUCACUAGCUUAUGAUUGUGUUUGGCCUGUCAACACCGAAUUUCCUGCUGUUUGAGAAAGUACAAUAGCAGUGUCAUUACGUCGUUGUGAUUGGCUCUUCCCACCGUCGGCGCGCGAAGUCUCCCCUGGGAACCGUUCUAAUUAUAAAUCUACUCGAGAAAGGGUUGACUCCAAGGGCUUGUAUGGGAGAUGGAGGCUCCAUUUGAUGGGCUCCUGAUUUUUAAGGAUAUUCAGAUACAGAGGUUAUCUUCUUCUCUACCGGCAAGCAAAAUACCCGAAGUCUCAGUGAUUUGCCCCGACAGACCGAUAAACUAUGAAAGAGGUAGAGCGAGGCACUUGUGACUUUGAGUUCCUGUGAAAGUACUGUUCAGUUAGGUGCCACGCCCUUAAUUGCGUCUUUCAUUUAUUGUGUUUUUUGAACGAUGUUUACCUUAGUUAGCUAAACAAAGAUAAGAGGAGUGAAGGGGAGAGCAGAGAUAUUUCAGACCUAUGUGCCUUGCUCAUAGUUGCGAUGUUUUAUCGUGUUUAUGGACGAUGCUUACUUUACUUGGCUAAAAGCAAGAUGAGGGAAAAGCAGAGAUAUUUCAGACCUGGGAUAUUACUAUUAAAAACACUUAAUUUUUGAGUUGCUGGUUCAGUGAUGGGCAUCCAAUAAACGUUCUCAGGAGCCUAUAAUCCGGAGCGAGCAACGUCCAUAAUACGCUUAUGUCACAGCGUUUUACGGACUGGUUCAUUAUUUUUAGACACAUUUUAGGGCAAUUUUUCCCGCGAAAAUGGAAUCUCCGCCACGACUUUCAACGCAGUCGAAAUAUAAGAUAUCUUAAAGGAAAACGUAACGUCAUUAAAACGAACAAAUUAUCAUUUUCAGGUAUGUAGGUUUUGCUGACUGGUUUGUGGGACUUAAAAGAUAUUCUAAAGUCGCGCCAAAACCGUUCUAAAAAUAAACUGGUCCGUGAAAACGCCGUGACAAGAGUACGUGGAAGUUGCUCGCUCCAGGUUAUGGGCUCCUGGCGUUCUAUUAUUCAGUUCUGGACUAAGUUCAAUUUUUUUUUCAGGCCUCUGAUAGAGAAGUCGUGUGGGUGAUACGUAUUGCCAUAGUUGGGGUUGCCGUGCUUGCGACGUCAUUGUCCCUGUUGGUGAAUUCAAUCUACAGUUUAUUUGCAUUGUGCAGUGACUUGGUCUACGUUAUCCUGUUUCCGCAGUUGUGUUGUGUGAUCUACCUUCCUGGCGCCAACACCUAUGGGUCUUUCAUGGGGUACAUUUUAGGGCUGAUACUUCGCGUUGGGGGAGGGGAGAAAAAUAUUGGCUUAAAACCUUUUAUUAAAUACCCCUAUUACAACGAAACCGAUGGGCAGCUAUUCCCGUUUCGCACCCUAGCCAUGAUCGUGUCUUUUACAACCAUCGUCGUUGUGUCGUACUCGCUGAAGUAUUUGUUUGAGAAGGAAAUGAUACCUUUAAAAUAUGAUUUCUUACACUGCUUCAAAAAGUACGCGUUGGAAAAAUCUGCAACAGGGAAAAAUAAUAAGACUGACUUUCCCAUGGUGAAAAAGGAACCAUCUGAGAAAGAGUAGAGUGAGAAGAAUCUUAAAAUGAUUAUAUAGGUUGUGAUUGUAACACUCUAUUAUAUAAAGAUUUCCACAGCACGCUUUUCCCUUGGUAAGAUUUAUUAUUCCAGGUAAUGAAGAUUACAAGUAGCGAUAGAAGAGGCUAUUUCUAGUAUGACGUCGAUAAUUUGAAACCGACAUUAUUACUUCGUCGGAGCGCGAAGUAAAGGAUUCGCGAUGCUCAGGAAUGUAUCAAAGUUGACUUUUUUUGACAAGAUUGGGCACGCAAAGUCUGUAGGUUUUCGGUUUUAUUCGGGUAUUUGACGAAGUGAGAGCCGAAUUAGUUCGAGAUAUCUCGAGAUUACUUCGAUUUCUUUGAUUUAUUCUUUAACUUUUUUGGGGAAGAAAGAAUAAUUUUUUGGCUUUCCUGGGGUUUGAACCGACUCACCUGUACCACCCGUCAGAUCAAGUUGAGGGAUUAGCCGAUUGCGCUAAAAAUUCGGAGUACGAAAAUUAUUUAUGAAAUGAUGCACUAGUUUCGAGACAAGAUUGGGCGUGCAAGUUCAUGACUUUUCGGCUUGUUUCGGCUAUAUCACGAAAUGAGACCGGACUACUUCGUGAUUUCUUGAGAUCACUUCGAGUUUAGUCUUUAAUUUACUCGAGGAAUAAAUAAAGGAUAUUACGUGGCCGCACAGAGACACGAAAUUUCUCUUCGAGUGUUGAAAAACAUUUCACGAGUGAGCCCUCCUUUCGAACUGUUUUAUGAUGAAUUUAAAGUUACAAGAUGGUGCACAAAGACAUCUUGUCUUUGUUGAGUGUUACGUAGUAAAAUUGCUUUCAUGUGUUGCGUGACUUUCUCGAAUGUUCUCUACGUUUUUGGAUGAUUCAUGAAUAAUUAAUUAGGGCAUGCUUACAUUUCAGCAUGAGUCAGCAGAUUUGCUUCAGUUACUGAAAUCAUAAAAUAUGUCGAAAAGCUACCACUAUUCACCUGUUUAGUAUUUUCUAGAACCUUAUUUCAAACAGUAUACAAGUUCCAAGCGAGUUCUUUUGACGAACUAAGUUUUUUCCCACGAGCUGGACUGCUGUGUUUAGUCAAGUGUGACGAAGGUCGAUUUUCAUGUUCUGUGUUUACAAGUUGGCGGACGCCGUAAGAUAUCUGAAGUUCAAUUUGAGAGUUUGUUAUUAUUGACAGAGAGUGUUUAGUUUUACUUAAGUUCAAGUCAAGUUUGUGUUGGCGGAUACUGUGUUUUAAAGCUCUGUAAAGGCUAUGUUCCUCUGGUAUUAAACUUCCUUGUGUUAAUCCGACAUCCCUGCUUGCUGAUAGUCAGUGAAUAAUUAUCCUCAAAACAUUCGAACUCGUAACAUUGAGUUUUAGCAAAUUCCAUGCUCAAUGUAAUUGACUCCUUACCCAUGCCUUACUUAUCUUUAAUCAGUACAUGAGACUGCAAUGCUAUUUUUGUAGCCUGAUGUGAC